AGGUGUCAGUGGUGGGAUCAAACUGCACCCAGUGGACAGAGCAUCCUGCAGUAAGUGACUGGGGAGCAGUAAAACAAAGGGGGAUUAGUGAGAGACAGGCGUGCUGGAGGCUCUGAGAGGUGCGUUUCCAGGAGGCGGAGGAGCCUACGGCUUAACCCCCAAGUGAGAGUGGACCCCCAAGAAGGGCUGUCACACUGAAGGGGUUCCUCCCAGGGAUCAUGGGGAGCUGAGAGAGCACAGGCCUGAGAGUCUGUGACCCCUUGGGAACAGCAUGGAGAUGACCUAUAACCAUCUCCUUAAGAAGGACAUUGUAGAGCUGUGCAGAGAGAGAGAGAGAGAGAGGGGGCUGUGCAUUGGAAGAUUUACCAAGGCACAGCUGAUUGCUCAGUUGGAAGAGAAUGAUCGCUCUAAGGAGCCAAUUCCUGACCAACCUGGGGCUGCGAGAGAGGCUGGGAACAGCCAGGCAGCCCCAGGGGUCAUCCCAGCCACCAACCCAACCAGGGAUGUGGGAGGGGAAGAAAGAAGCCAGGCAGUCCCAGGAUCCACCUACCCGACCAGCAGGGGAUCUUCCCAACCGAGUUCCCCAUUGGUAGAGCUGAGAUGGUUGGAGUUGGAAAUGGAAUUGAAACUGAAAGAGCUGGAGGAUUGUGAGAAGGAACAGCAGGAACGGGAGGACCAUGAGAAACAGAGGCAGCAUGAACUGGCGAUGGCGGAGCUGAGAAGCAGAGAGACCCCUACCAUGGACACUAUUCUGGAAGCUAUUGGAAGAGAGAGCAGCAUCUCCAAUGAUAAAGUGGACUUAACAAAUAAAACAGAAUCCAUCUGCACUAAUUAUCAUACCACUGCUCCAAUGGAAGACACAGAAGCCAAACUUUGCAGUAAUGACAAAGAAGAAGCAUUCAGAAGGGAAUUGCCAUACUGUACAGGAGAAAUUGACUUCAUGGCUUCCGGAAAGAAACGUGGGAAGUUUGUUAAAGUUCCAUGUGCCAUCCAUCCUGGAGUUAUAUUUGAUAUUAUGAUCAACAAAUGGAACCUACCUGCUCCCAACUUGGUUGUCUCCUUAGUUGGAGAAGAAGAAAACUUCCAAAUGAAACCUUGGUUACGGGACACCUUAAGAAAAGGACUUGUAAAGGCCGCAGAAAGCACUGGUGCCUGGAUCUUUACCAGUGCUCUACGUGUUGGAAUAACGAGGCAUAUCGGGCAAGCAGUCCGAGAUCACACACUGGCUAGUACUUCAGCUAGAGUAAGAGUGAUUGCAAUAGGAAUAACUUCACUGGGAAAAAUUCAGCACAGAGAGAUUCUGGACAAUGUGAAGAAUGAAAACCUUGUAUGCUACAAGUCAGAUGAUAAUGGCCAAGGGCCACUGUACUCCCUUGACAACAAUCACUCCCAUUUUAUUUUGGUGGAUCAGAUAAAUCCAGAUGAGCCAGAUGGAACUACUAAACUACGGCUCACCUUGGAGAAACACAUUUCAGAACAGCGCACUGGGUAUGGAGGAACAGGUAGCAUUGAAAUCCCUGUGCUUUGUUUACUGGUAAAUGGAGGACCAAAAACACUUGAGAGAAUUUGCAGGGGCUUGGAAAACUCUGCUCCCUGGCUUAUCUUAGCAGGAUCUGGGGGUACAGCUGACAUCUUAGCUGCAGUAGUGAAUGAGCCACAGCUUAUUGUGCCACAAGUUGUUGAAAAGCAACUUAAAGAGAAAUUCCCUACAGAAAACUUUUUAUCGAAGGACAUUCUCCAUUGGACAGCAACAAUUCAGAACAUUGUUUCCCAGCAGCAUCUUUUAACAGUGCACAGUUUUGAGCAAGAAGGAUCAGAUGAAUUAGACACAGUCAUUUUGAAAGCUUUGGUCAAAGCCUGUAAAAGUCACAGUCAGGAAGCCCAGGAAUACCUGGAUGAACUGAAGCUGGCAGUGGCCUGGAAUAGAGUGGACAUAGCUAAAAGUGAAAUAUUCAAUGGAGAUGUUGAAUGGAAGUCGUGUGACCUAGAGGAAGUGAUGAUGGAUGCUCUGGUGAAUGAUAAGCCAGAAUUUGUAAAGUUAUUUAUCGACAAUGGGGCCAACAUGUAUGACUUCCUGACGUACAGCCGGCUUCAGAGGCUCUACUGCUCCAUCUCUCGGAAAUGCCUCCUCUAUGCACUCCUACAGAAGAAACAUGAGGAAAGCAGGCUGACUCUAGCAGGGAUCACUGGUCAACAACAUAAGGAAAUGAUGGACGUCUGCCCACUCUUUACCCUCCAUGAAGUUUCUAGAGUGCUCAAGGAUUUUCUUCAUGAUGCAUGUAAAGGUUUUUAUCAAGAGGUCAAGCCAGGAAGCAAGAAGAAAGCUGAUAAAACGAAUGCAAAACGACUACCGGGGCUCCUGGAUAUGAACCAGAAGAGUGAGAAUCCCUGGAGGGAUUUAUUUUUAUGGGCAGUACUUCAAAACCGGCACAAGAUGGCAAACUAUUUCUGGGCUAUGGGACAAGAAGGUGUAGCUGCAGCUCUGGCAGCUUGUAAGAUUCUCAAGGACAUGUCCCGACUGGAAACAGAGGCUGAAGUAGCCCGUAGGAUGAAAGAAGCCAAGUAUGAUCAGCUCGCUCUGGAGCUAUUCAGUGAAUGCUAUCACAACAGUGAGGAACGAGCAUUUGCUUUACUGGUGAGGAAAAACCAAUACUGGAGCAAAACGACCUGUCUCCACUUGGCCACAGAAGCAGAUGCUAAGUCUUUCUUUGCACACGAUGGUGUCCAGGCCUUCUUGACAAAAAUCUGGUGGGGAGACAUGUCAACAAGCACUCCGAUCCUGAAGUUAAUCUGUGGAUUCUGGUGUCCUCUUCUAAUCUACACUAAUCUAAUAGCAUUCAGUGAACAAGUACAAUCAAAGAAUGAGCCAGAGACAUUCAGAGAGCUAGAGAGCCUAGACACAGAAAGGACUUUGCUUUUUUCCAAGGAGGGGGAUAGGGUAGAUGCCAAAUUAGAGAAGCGGAGGUCUUCUGAAAACAUAGCAUGGGCAACAUUCAUGUUUACUCGCUGGAAAAAGUUUUGGAAUGCCCCUGUAACAGUAUUUAUGGGGAAUGUUAUCAUGUAUUUUGCUUUUCUGUUUCUAUUUACCUAUGUCUUGUUACUGGAUUUUAAACCACCACCACCUGAGGGGCCUUCUGUUAAGGAGAUUAUACUUUACUUUUGGGUUUUUACAUUGGUCUUGGAAGAAAUCCGACAGAGUUUCUUUACAGAUGAAGACAUGAAUUUAAUUAAGAAAUUUAAACUGUACGUGGAGGAUAACUGGAAUAAGUGUGAUAUGGUGGCCAUCUUUCUGUUUAUAAUUGGAGUGACCUGCAGAAUGCUGAACUCAACAUUUCAAGCCGGCCGUACAGUACUUGCCAUUGAUUUCAUGGUGUUCACUCUGAGGCUUAUACAUAUUUUUGCCAUUCACAAGCAACUAGGGCCAAAGAUCAUAAUUGUGGAAAGAAUGAUGAAGGAUGUUUUCUUCUUUCUCUUUUUCCUGAGUGUGUGGCUCAUUGCCUAUGGUGUGACAACUCAAGCCUUACUCCAUCCUGAUGACAGCCGAGUAGAAUGGAUAUUCAGAAGGGUGCUUUAUCGUCCCUACCUUCAGAUAUUUGGGCAGAUUCCACUGGAUGAAAUAGACACAUCUCGCAUGCGUCUUGAGAACUGUACCUCUACUCUGCAGAGUCCGCAGGAAAAUUCACCAUUAUGUUCUAAUACGUAUGCCAAUUGGCUUGUCAUACUUCUGUUGGUCACUUUCUUAUUGGUCACCAAUGUGCUACUUAUGAAUCUCCUGAUUGCUAUGUUCAGUUAUACUUUUCAAGUUGUUCAGGGCAACGCAGACAUCUUCUGGAAAUUUCAGCGUUACAACCUGAUUGUGGAAUACCAUGGUCGUCCAGCGUUGGCACCACCAUUUAUCAUUAUUAGCCACGUGCAUCUGAUUCUCAGAAGAAUCUUCAAAAAGACGGAGCACAAAAAGGAACAUCUGGAAAGAGAUCUGCCAGACUGCCUGGAUCAAAAAAUCAUAACAUGGGAGGUGGUCCAAAAAGAAAAUUAUCUCGCAAACCUGGAACAAAAGAAAAAAGAAAGUAACGAUGAAAGACUAAAGAAAACAUUUAACAAGGUGGACAACCUGUCUAAACAUUUUAGUGGAAUGAAAGAGCAAGAGAAACGGCUUAGAUCUCUGGAAUCACAAGUUAACUACUGUUCAGCUGUUAUUUCUUCAAUGGCAGAUACUUUAAGCAAAAAUAACCUCUUGUGCAAUAGACCAGUUCCAAAAUAUACAAGUUUUAUGAAUACCAGCACAAAUCAAACAAUCCUACCAGAAAGAAGUGAAGGCAAAGAGCAUACAGAAGAGUCUGAAAAUGACAUGAUGUACAUUGAUAAUUAAAUGAAGUUCUCAUUUCCUCAGAUUUGUUUGCCAUUUUGAAGUAGUUCAGGGGUGAAAUCCCAACCCCACUGAAGUCAGUGGCAAAACUGCCAUUAAGUUGUGGGGCCAGGACUUCACCAAUGUAUUCGUUAAUCAGAUGUAUUCGUGUAUCAGAUGUCUUCUAUUUCCUUCUCACUGUAUUUAUAUACGUAGUGAACAGGGCAGUGAGAUUUUUUCCCUUCUUCAUCCCCUGCCCUUACGCAGAGUGCUUACCUGCUUGUCUACUAUAUUUCUCUUAAUCUAUUUACCCACAUUAAGGAAAAGCAGAUCAAUUGCUAGAGGCAAUCACCUGUGAUGUAUAACAUUCUUCUCUGUCCAUGUCAGACUUCCAUCCUCCUUUGCCCUGCAACCGUCUUGCAUGAUUCUCUGGAUCCUGAACAAAGCCGAAGCUAGAUUUUUGCACUGAUCUAGUUUUUCUCAUCACCAAACUGUUAUACUUUCCAGCAGCUCCUCCUUAUCUUGACUAUGGUAAUUUCCUCCUUUAUGACCUUUCCUUAGUCCUAACUUCUCCCAGAUGCAGAAACCGAAACAUCUUUUGUCCUCAAGUCUUCAUUGGCUUGCUGUCCAUUUCAAAACCCAAAGCACAUAAUUGUUCUACCUUCACCCUCUCGACUCUAUCCACUAUGCUCCCUGAAUGCCAGACUUCUGCCUGCUGUCUGUGUUGCUUUAAUAGUGGGCAACAGAAACCCUCCCAACAUAGCCCCAGAAGUUGGAACAGCUUCCUUACCUUCAAGAACUCUUCUGACUUUUUUUCAUCUUCUUGUCUGAUACCUCUGAAAAAUCAAAUCCUAGUCCAUAGUCAUUUUUCCUAGAAACUAGACCUAUGAACAUUUCACCUUUUGUCUUUUCAUUACAGUAGCUACAAAUAUUACACUUGUAUAUUUGACAUUGACUUUAUUUGCACAUAUAGGCUAACUGGCUGUGAAACCUUGUUAUACUUUUGUACGAGACAGCAUACACAAAUAAACUGAAUUUUACUACUUAAAAGGUUCUCUUCCUGUAAUUUUGUAGGGAUAGUGCCCAACCUUUUGGAUUAAUGUAAAUACACUACUAUUGGCAAAAUGUACCGGACUUCUGGCUUUCUUGGAUGGACAGGUCUCAAUUAAAUUGGAUUUCCUAGAAAAUAUUAUACCUGUAGGCUCCUAUGUAUCAUAAAUGCUGAUCCUGGUAAGUUACACACCUUCCCAGUCAGGUUUCUUGAUCUCAGAAAACCACCACCACACACAAAAAUCAAAAAAUUAAAAAAUUGAAGAUCAGGUCACAAUGCCUUUUAUGGAAGCUUUCAAGCAAGAAGUUCUUGUUAAUGGAAAUAAAGCUGUUAAGGACUUCCUCCUACUAUAGGAAUUUGCUCAUCUUAUUUUCAAGCCAGCUGUGCCACAUCACUGUAGCCUACACAGGGGAAUAAUUUUGGCAUCCAUGCUACAAUAGUUCAUUCACCUUUAGAUUAGGGACAGAGGUGGAACCAAUGGCUACUGCUUUAGGGACAUUUUGUGUUUAGGAAGUAGUCAGUUUGCCAAAUCAAAACACUUCCUGCCAUUACUGAUGUCAUCAGUGAAUUCAGAUCCUUAUUUGAAAGCAAAAUAUAUGGUGACAACUCUGGAGUUAUACCUCAUCUGAAUUUUUGUAUAUCCCCUUCAAACCAGCAGGAUUUAUGUAUUUAGGUAUGUCCUAUGAAUGUCCAUAGACUCUAAUUGUUCCUCAUUGUUGCUCUCCAAGCCAAUUUGUCCUGGAUAAGGUCAGUUUCACAAGACUGGCACUAUUGCCCCACCCUCUACCCAUUGUACAUUAUUAUUUUUUUCUGGAAGCAACAACCAGAUGCUCUGGACUGCACAAGCAAAAAAGCAGCCAUGGUUCCUGUCCUGCAGCCAAGAAUUUUCUCUCUAGAGAUUUCAAGCACACUAUCAGUAAUAUUUCCAAGUUUGCAUGAGGGUUUAAGCAAUGGAUCUCUAGCUACAAUGAAUGAAUGUAGUGAAAUUGCAGAUUCCAAGGAAAGGAGAGAUGGCCUUUUACUGCCCAGUUAUAAAUAUUACAACUUGGCUAAUUAAUUGCAUAUUAUUAAAUUGUUAAUCUACACUGGCCAUGAUAAAUCAAGCCAAAUUACCUAAGCAAUAUGCUGUCUUUGCAGUGUUUCUCAAUCUUUUUGAUACCAGGGACUGGCUUGCUGCCUUCCUAAACUGUGGCAGGCAGAUCUCAGGGACAGGACCAGUCAUUAAGAAACAUAGUAUAAAUAUCCAUUCUAAGAAUGUAACCUUUCAACCUGUUUUCCCUCAUCUAACUAAAGGCAUUGUCAGAACUUACUAACCUGCCUCACAAGAAUAUUUGUAUACUGCUAUGUAAAAAUUUAACAUUCAUUGUUGUUGUGUUAAUGAUUCCAUUUGCACUUGUAAAUGCUACUGUGGUGUUACAAAAAAACAAAGUAGUAAGACCAAGAGAGGGGAAAAAAAGCCCCUCUCUACAUAUUUAGAGUAAAAUCCUCUCAGAUUCUUACCUGAAAUCCCACCUUGCCAAAUGAAACUGUCUCUAUACUUCGCUACUAAUAUUCAUAGUUGUGU